AUGGAUGAGUCUUACAUACAUACAUCCCACACUAAAGGGAAAUCUUGGAGUGAUGAUAAGAAAAAAGGAGUAAAAAAGCCAAUUUCAAAAGGUCAACGUUUGAUAAUAGUUCAGGCUCGAAAUGAAAAAGGCUUUGUACCCGGUGCCUUUUUAACGUAUAAAUCCACGGAUACUACAGGUGACUAUCACAAUGAAAUGAAUAACGAUAACUACGAGAAAUGGCUGGUUAAUCAAUUAAUCCCAAAUAUACCCAGUGAUUCCGUUCUAGUUAUCGACAACGCACCUUAUCACAAUAAAUAUGUUGAAAUACCCCCCAACUCAAACACCAUUAAACAGGAAAUGAUCAACUGGUUAAACAGACACGAAAUUCCAGUUGAUCCAAAAUUAACAAAAACCCAGAUUUACGCUAUUAUAUGUCAGCACAAGGAGAGGUAUACAGAGUUUUCCGUGGACAAAGUACUUGCCGAACAUGGGCACACUGUGUUGCGAUUGCCACCGUAUCAUCCGGAUUUUAAUCCAAUUGAAAAUAUAUGGUCUCAACUAAAAGGCUAUGUAGCCUCUAGAAAUGUGAGUAUGAAUUUAACUACAGUAAAAACGUUAUUGACUGAAAAAGUAAACAUGAUCGGGGCUGAAGAGUGGAAAAAGGUUUGCGGUCACGCAAUCAAAUGUGAGAAUGAAUAUAGAAGCAUUCAACACGGUUUAGACAAUUACACUGAUAGACUAGUGAUAAAUACGGCUGAUAGUGACAGUGAUAUUGACCUCUUUGAGAGCACAGAUAGUGAAAUGGAAGUAAUUGAGAAUUAG